AUGAAGAGCUUCACCUCUGUCCUCGUCGCCGGCUUCGCUGCCCUGGCCCAGGCUGUCCAGCUUACCAACAGCAACUUCAACAUCCAGGCUGGCCAGCCUUUCGUGAUCACGUGGUCUGAUGCCUCCGGCCCCGUCACUCUUACUCUGAAGAACGGUCCCAGCACCGACCUCAAGACCGUCUCCACUAUCGCCUCUGGCCAGAGUGGUACCUCCUUCACCUGGACUCCUUCCUCCAGCCUCCCCACCGACCAGUACGCCAUCGAGAUUGAGGAUGGCUCCGGCACUCCCAACUACUCUGAGCAGUUCACUCUGACCACCUCCGUCACUGCUUCCGCCUCCGCCUCCGCUUCCGCCACCGCCUCCGCUUCUGCCUCCUCCACCGACACGACCGAGGCUUCCUCCACCAUCACCUCUUCCGCCUCCGCAGAGAGCACCUCGGCCUCUUCUACUGCUAACUCCACUGUGGCCUCCACUGUGUCUACCAGCACCCGCACUAGCACCCACACCAGCGCUACCGGUUCCUCCACCAGCGCUCCCACCACCGUACCCGGCAGUGACGCUGUUCGCAUGGGCUCUCCCAUUGCCCUGAUCGGCCUCACCGUCGCUGCCAUGCUCUACUUCCAGUAA